GUGUGAGCUCCAGUCCCACAAGCCAUAAACCCAGAGCCAUACACAAAUUGUUUUCCCCUUUGAAAAAAAUUCUUCAUAGGAAGAGAAAGCUAAGGCACUAUUUUCUCCUGGAAAAAUGGGGACCGAAAUGAAGAUCGCGAGGAGCGUCAGCCAGAUCGAGCCGCAGAAGUUCGCCUUCGGGCUAGUCCUGGGUUGCCUUCUAUGCUCACUGACAUAUGUUUCAGUGUUCAAGUUCGACGUAGUUUCCUUGCUGAAUUCCGCAUCACCAUCUUCAUUAACUGCACCUCCUUUCGAAAAUAAUGUUACUUCGCAGCAGUUAGGUAGGGGAUUGAAAAAUGUGACACUAGAAAGCGACAAGAAUGAGGCUUUUGUGAUGAUAUGGAAUUCCUCAUCAUCAUCAUCAAGUUUAGCUGCAGAUCCUUCAAAUAGUACUCAACAACAAGAUUUGAAGGGCGCGGGGCAAGAAAUUAGCCUACAAUGUGAACUUUGUGGGAAGGAAAAUGGCACUACUACUAUUACUACCACUGCUAACAGCAGUGGUUCCGACAAAAUUGAUUCAAUUCAGAAGACAGCUGCAUUCGAAGCAAUGAAAACAGAUGAAAGGAGAAACGAUUUGAAUCCCGCGAAGAAGCCGAUGUGCGAUUUUUCGAACAGAAGAAUAGAUCGGUGCGAGAUCGAAGGUGAUGUGAGAAUCUUGGGGAGAAACUCAUCCAUUUUCUUAGUUAAUUCGCGGGAAACAGAUGGUCCGUAUCGAAACGAAACAUGGUGGAUCAAACCUUAUCCUCGCAAGACGGAUACAAAUGCGAUGAGUAAUGUGAAGGAAUUGACAUUGAAAUCAUUGGAGCCUUUCGAGGAGGCCCCUCAAUGCACCGAUCAUCACGACGUGCCCGCCGUCGUUUUCUCGGUUCGUGGUUACACCGGAAAUUUCUUCCACGCAUUCACCGACGUGUUCGUCCCUCUCUUUGAGACAUCUCACGAAUUCAACGGGGAGGUCCGGUUCCUCAUCACGGAGUUUAGAGCUUGGUGGAUCAACCGGUUCCUUCCGAUAUUCAAAAGUCUCUCGCGGUACGAUAUGAUCGACCUCGAUAACGACGAUAGAGUCCUUUGCUUUCCGCGCGCUAUCGUCGGUUUGAAAAGCCACGGUGACUUCAGUAUCGACCCUUCUCCGUCGCCCGAGGGCUAUUCAAUGGUCGACUUUUCGAGAUUCAUGAGGAGUGCGUAUUCACUCAAGAGAGAUUCGGUGGCGGUCGGAACUAGAAGGCCAAGGUUACUGAUCAUCUCAAGGGAGAGAACAAGAAAAUUCGCGAACUUAAAGGAUGUAAUUCACUUGGCAGAGAAAAUGGGCUACGAAGUAGUGGUAUCGGAGGCUAACAUAGAUCUAGCUCAAUUCUCGCAAGUUGUGAACUCGUGCGACGUGAUGAUGGGUGUCCACGGGGCGGGCCUGACGAACAUCGUCUUCCUCCCGACGAACGCAGUUUUGAUCCAGAUAGUCCCUUGGGGGGGACUGAAUUGGAUUGCGAGGACUUACUUCGACAAACCGUCAAAGGAAAUGAAGUUGAACUACUUGGAGUAUAGUAUUAGCAAGGAGGAGAGCACUCUAAUAGAGAAGUACCCUCGCGAUCACGCCGUGUUUACCGACCCCGCGUCGAUUCGCAAAGAAGGUUGGAUUCCUAUGAAGGAGGUGUUUUUGGAUAAGCAAGAUGUGAAGUUGAAUUUGAGGAGGUUUAAGCCUGUUUUGAAGAAAGCUCUUGCACUUCUCCAUACACGUAGUAGAGAGUAGCCUCAUUAGGUAUGUUUUGUUCAUAAUCUAAUGCAAAAGGUGUGUAGUUCAUUACUCAUAGAAGUAGAUAUGUUGUGGUAAUGCAAAAGGUGAAGUUUUGAAGAAUUGUUAUUUAAUAAUGUAAAACUUAUAAGAACAAAUUUGUUAAUGAUUAUUUCAUUAAUUAGUUAGGUUAUGCAAA